GCUGAGCGAGCGCCAUGUCUGCAUGCGCGCCGCGCGCCUGCUGCCGGCCGCGCGCCCCGCCGACCCUGCUCGACAUCACGGCCAAGAUCGUCGCCGCCGCGAUCCCGUUCCAGCGCAUCGAGGAGCGCUACGAGCGCAUUCCCGAGCCGGUGCAGCGCCGCGUCGUGUACUGGUCGUUCCCGCGAGACGAGCGCGACAUCUGCAUGUACUCGUCGCUGGCCCGCGCGCCGCCCGACGACCACCGCAACAUCGCCUUCUGCCGUGGCCUCAAGCUGCUGGAAGCGGGCUGCGUGGAGAACGUCCUACAAGUCGGGUUCCACCUGAGCGGUGUGGUGCGAGCGCCCGCGUCGGUGCCGCCCUGCUCCGAGCCCGAACGGCUUUACAGGGUCACAGUUUCCUUUGAUAGGUGUAAGAUAACCGGAGUGACAUGCAGCUGCGAGGCGCGCGACAUCUUCUGGUGCCAGCACGUGGUGGCACUGGCGCUGUACCGCAUCCGGAACGCCGACUCCGUCCGCCUGCGCGUGCCCAUCUCAGAAACCUUACUCCAGAUGGACCGGCAGCAGCUGCAGAAGUUCGUCCAGUACCUGAUAGCGGAGCACCAUACCGAGGUGUUGCCGACAGCACAGCGGUUAGCUGACGAAGUGCUCCAGGCGAGAUCCGCCAUCAAUCGGAUAUGCGGCGCGCCAGAUCCCACAGCCGGACCGCCGCCGGAUGCGCACCACGCCUGGCACCUGGAUGAGCAGCAGGUGUGCGAGCAAGUCCGUGCCUACCUCCUACAGGGUACAUACUACAAUGCCAACAAACAACUCAAUUCGUUAUUUUCUAAAGUAAGAGAAAUGCUUCGCGCACAAGACUCCAACGGUCCACGGAUGCUGAUGCUGAUGACUGAGCAGUUCCUCUCCGACCCUCGGCUGCUGCUGUGGAGGAACCAGAACACCCCCAUGACGGAGAAGUGCCGUCAGCUGUGGGAGCAGCUGGGGGCUCUCUGGGUCAGCAUAGUCCUGGACCCGGGGAGCAACAAGCACCAUCGGAUGCAGUGGAGGCAUCUGCUGGAUAAAUGGAGUGCGGUGGAGGUGUGUCCGACGGAAGAUCCGGAUUAUAGGUCGUUCCCGCUGUACGCAAGAGAGCGGGAACGCAACGAGAGGGAUCGCGACAGAGACCAUCGCGACAGGGACAGAGAGAGACACCGCGACAGGGAGGAGCGAGACAGGGAGAGGCUGCGGGAGAGGGAGGAGAGAGACAGGGAAAGACAUAGAGAAAGACAAAGGAGAGACAUACAUUCCCAUUCUGAGAGUUCGGACGAGGAACACAGGCCUAACAACUACGAGCGUGAAUUCCGGCGCGCGAGCAAAAGGCUGAGGCUGCACAACCAGCGCUCCGCCGCGCCGCUCACGCCGCGCACCGUCUUCCACAAGGCCCUCGACGCCGUAGACAUAUCCUGGGAGAGCGAUCACCUCAAGAACAUCUUAGGUUCGGACGAGUACGCGGAUCCGGACCGCACGGACAAGUCCGUCGCCGUGGCCGGCCCGCCGCAGCAAUAUCCUAAGUUCAACGACCUGGGACAGCCGCUGUGGCAUGAACACCUACCAGUAGUGGCGGCGCGGAUAGAGGCGUUGCGAGCGCACGGCCGCGCGCCCGCCGCGCUGCGACUUGCGGUCGCCGCCGCACGGGCGAUGCGACAUAGACAGGAGGUGGCUGCGACGCGGUGGGCGAGCGCGGGCGGCGGGGAGGCGGGCGGGUCGGCGUGCGGCGACAGCUGCGGCGGCUGCGAGCGACACAAGCUGUCGCUGGUGUGCGCGCACAUGGACGCCGGCGCCUGCCACGCCGCCACCUGCGCGCUGAGCCACGACCAGCGCUGCGUCGGCAGAGACAGCCGCUGCUGGGUGGGGUGGCCGCUGGAGGCGGUGUGGUGCGUGCACGAGUGUCUGGCGGACGCCUGCCUGGCGCCCGACGACCAGCGCGCCAGUCCGCGCCUGCAUACGUAUGACGAGGAACCCGCCACUGGUUUGCCACCCAGAUACCAGCACGUCCCAGUAGCUGGCAGCAAGAACCCUGAAGAGACGUACUUGGCUCUGGCGUUAGAAGCGGCGCUACUCGGACUCGGUAUGCAGAGGCUUCUGCCGAGCGGAUUGUACGCACAGGAGCGGUAUUGUAAGCAGGAGGAGCGUCUAAUAGGUCAACUCCAGCGAGUAGAAGGCGAAGCGGCGGCCGGAGUAUGCGCGCGGGUCGCACGCGCGUUACUCGCUGGUGGCCCCUCCUCCUGUCUGGGGGCGCACGUGCACCCGCGCUCCGCCCCUGCACACACCUUCGCACGAUACCUGUUCCUGGCGCUGCUGCCGAGUGAUCCUGACCUCGCGUACCGAGUUGGAUUGAGAGCUAUGAGACUGCCAAUGGUGGAGGAAGCGUACGCGUUGGACGGCGCUGGCGCGGGCGGUGCUGGCGCGGGGGCGUGGCACACGCUGCAGCACGCCGAGCAGCAGCAGGCCGCGCUCGCCUCCGCGCUGCUGGGUGCGGGCGCGGGGGCGUGGCACACGCUGCAGCACGCCGAGCAGCAGCAGGCCGCGCUCGCCUCCGCGCUGCUGGGCGCAGCGCGCGGCAAUCCCGGGCGUUUACGCGCGGCGUUGGCAGCGGCGCAGCGACACGUGCGGUCAGCGGCGCAGCUGUUCAGGCUAGCGCAGGACGCGCUGCGUCACGCCGCGCCACCCGACGCGCCGCACCACCACCGCGAUUUACUAGCUGCGGCGUUUGAGCUGGGCCUGCAGGUGCUGCGCAUGACGUUAUCGGCUGUGAACUGGCGUCGUCGCGAGAUGGUGCGGUGGCUUGUGACGUGCGCGACCGAACUCGGACUAGACGCGCUGAUGUCUAUCAUGCAGAACUGGUACGAGUUAUUCACGCCAACGGAAGCGACCGGCCCAGUAGCAGCAGCGGCGAUGUCGCACGCCAUUGCCCUGCGGCUCGGCCUCACAUUCGAGCAGCAGGAGAAGCUCAGUGCCUGCGCACGCACACUGGCAUUACAGUGCGCUGCUAAGGACCCACCCGGAUGCGCGCUCUCCGCGUUAUCAGUGUGCGAGGGUUCCGCGGGUGCGUUCGAAGCUGCGUGCGCGGCGGUGGGCGGGGCCGCAGCGCGCGGCGCGUUAGCGUCCAGUCAGCUCUUCGCAGUUGCACGAUAUAUGGAACAGAGAGGACAGCCGGCACGAGCGAUGAGACUAGCUACACUCGCGAUGAGGAAUCUACAUCUACAUUAUAACCAGGACACGCACCCCGCAAUCGCGGAUAUCCACUGGGCAGUGGCGUUGGCGCAUUCCUUGGGUCGCGCCGAGCUCCAAGCGAUGUUACCGCUGCUAGUGAAGAACGUGCAAUGCGCGCCCGUACUGUCGGACGUCCUCCGCCGUUGCUGCGUAGCUGCCGCCGGCUGCAGUCGGUCCCGGCCGCCGCCGCCACGCCCGCCAACGCCGCUCCGCCCACUGUUGGAGGCGGCGCUUCGUGCGUAUGCGUCCACCACGCACGCACGCCUUGCGCACAUAUCACCGAGACAUUACGCUGACUUCGUGGACUUUCUCGGUAAAGCGCGCGACACGUUUGCGCUCGCACACGACGGCCCCCACCAGUUUGCCGCAUUGCUCCAGGAGAUCAAACUCAAAUACAAGGGCAAGAAAAAACUCAUGUUCCUCGUCAAAGAGAGAUUCGGCUAAACCCCGCCAACGUUCUUAUGAUCCAUGCCAGAUGCCAUGUAUAUUUUUAAGCGUCUAAUCUGAGUGCAUCACGGGAAUACCUCAUAGUAUGUACCAAACCAGAUCGCAAGUAUUAUUGUAAUUAGUAUAUAAUAUACCUCCUAGCGUCGUGUAAGUAGCGAAUAUAUUGAUCUCAAUGAUUCCAAUAUGUAAAUAGCGUAGCUGUAAAUAUAGCGUAAGUUGUA